AUGGGCAACGCGCAGCGGAAGGGGCCGCGCAGCCAGCGGCGGGGCAGGAUGCGCUCGGCAACAGGUACCGGCGCGGGCGGGGCGGGACCGAACCCGCGCCCCCGCCGCCCCCGGGAGCACCGCCACCCCCGCGACCCCCGGCUGCGGCGGCGGGCAGGGGCGGCUCGGGCUCGCUCGGGCUGCGGCUCGGCACUCCUCGCUCCCCGGUCCCGGCGGGGCAGGGUGCUGGGCGUGGGUACUGCCACGUUUCCGCCGCGCCCAGGGCGGCCCCGGCUUUGGUGCUGUGGUUUCCCCACGUGGUCGGCGCCCGAGGUGGGUGGCAGGGGUGACUCGGCAGCAGGGCCGAGGAGCAGAGCCACCUCUAACCUGGACCUCGAGAGCAAGAAAGCCGCCCCUGCCAAGCUGCCAUGGCAGCAGCCUGUGAACGUCUUCCUGGCAGCUGGGCGCCCACCGGGCAUGGAGCAGCUGCACCAGGAGGCCCAGCUCAACCUCCAGAGCUUGCUGCAAGAGGAGUAUGAGGAGCAGUACACUGAGAGCAGGGUCACUGGGCAGACCUUCCGCGCUGCUGGUCACCUGCCCCCCGACACCUCCCCUGAACCAUCACCUCGACCCCCACCUGCCAAGCGCCUUGAGUUUGUGCUUAUGCCCCCGAGCCAACGAGCGGCCGAAGAGGAGACCACCAGCAGCACUGUGCUCAGUGCUCGGCCUCCUGACACCUCCCUGAGCCUCCCCACCAGCCCAGACAAGGAGCACCCCUGGCCCAGGGCCUUCCCCUUGUCCCCUGAGGAGGAGAAGCAGUGGCACCAGCCCAGCUCCAUCCAGACCAACAUUGUUCCCAUCAAUGUCUCCGGGCAGCACUUUGCUAGGCAUGCGAGUGCUCGUCACUCCCUGUUUAACACAGAGACUGCGAUGAACCCAAAGUCCACCCUGCGGCGUAGACGGACCAUUAUUGGAUUCCCUAACCUGUCCCUGCGAGACCAAGGCAGUGCCAACGGCCCCACAUCCAGCACACACACGUCCAUCAGUGAGUCCCUGUCCUGCAGCUUUGUGCCUGAGACCACAAGCAGGGGGACAACGCCCCAGGAGAUCAGCCCUCGUCCGCCGCUCUCAGCCCCACUGAGGAAGACCUUCAGUGACCUCGGGGCCCACCGCUGCCAGCCACCUGCUGCCAUGGAUGGGACAGCCCACCCCUGUGCCAGUGCCUGCAAUGGGACACAGGGCACCCCUUUUUCUCCACCCUGGACCCCCCUGGGUUAUGGGAGCCCCACCAGCCUUACCACUGGCCCAGGCAAGGGGCCCACCUGCACCUCGCCGGGUGGCUUCAUCCCAUCACCCAGCCCAGGUUCACCCGCUGCCUCCACCUCCUUCUUCAUCACCACAGAAGAGCGCAUAGGAAGCAAUGGGCCCAGCUUUUUCUCUGGCCCAGUGCCUGCUUCCCCCCCCAGCUCCAGGUGCAUCCAGGGAGCCAAGGGGAAUUUCUUGCCAGGAAGCCAAGAGGAGCUGGAGCCAGCAGCAGGGCCAGCGCAGCUGGAGGUGGAGCGGGCAGGGUGCCGGUUCCGUGAGCGGUCACUGUCAGUGCCCACUGACUCGGGGUCCCUCUGCUCUGUGGACAUCACAUAUGCUGAGACCCGGCGGGGCAGCGCCAACUAUGCCCUGGGCUACCCCAGCGCCAGCUCCGAAGGCAGCACCAGCACCGACAACAUCUCCCUGGGGCUGGAGCCCGAGGGGCAGCGGCGGCGGCGCUCCAAGAGCAUCUCCCUGAAGAAGGCCAAGAAGAAGCCUUCACCACCCAUGCGCAGUGUCUCACUGAUCAAAGAGGGGCAGGAUGGUGAUGUGGGGCUCAGUGCAGCACUGCCCAAGGACCAGCGGCCCAAGAGCCUGUGCAUCCCACCAGAGCUCCAGGGUCACCGGCUGGUGCAUGCCGACCCUCAGGGGAGUGCAGGCAGGGAGCCCAACAGCACAACUGCCCCCCACCAGUGGCAUCUCACAGACUGGAGGGCUGGCAGUGAUCCCUACCAGUCCCUCUCUGGCUCAAGCACAACUACAGGGACCACGGCUGUUGAGUGUGCCAAGACACGGGGCAGCUCUGAGUCCCUUGUGUCCCCUUCAGUCUCCAGGGCCACAACGCCCUCCCAGCUCUCUGCUGAGGCAGACCUCAAGACCUCCUCGCCAGGCAGGCCCACAGGGCUGAUGUCCCCAUCCAGCGGGUACUCCAGUCAGUCGGAGACCCCAACCCCCACCGUACCCACCUCCACCAUCCUCGGGCACUCCCCGCACCAGGUGCGUGUGAGGCCACUGGUCCCCGAGAGGAAAUCCUCUCUGCCCCCCACAUCCCCCAUGGAGAGGAGCCCCAAGGGCAGGCUGUCCUUCGACCUCCCACUGACUCCACCUGCCCACCUUGACCUCUCAGGGCUGAAGAUCUCCCUGAAGGGGAAGACUAAGGUCAGCCGGCACCACUCUGACUCCACCUUCGGCACCAAGCUGGCCCAGAAGACCUGUCCCAUCACACCCAUCAUGCCCGUGGUGACACAGUCCGACCUGCGCUCUGUCCGUCUCCGCUCCAUCAGCCGCUCAGAGCCAGAGGACAACACUGAUGGCCCAGAGCACACAGAGGAGCCAGCACACAUCCCCUGCCCAGGGCUGGAGAAAAAAGUGAAGCCACCUGUGGCAGAGAAGCCACCACUGGCCAGGCGCCCCCCGUGCAUCCUACCCAAGCCCCCAGUUCUGAGGGAGGAGGGUCCCGUGUCCCCCAAAUCCCCACCAGGCACUACCGCCAAGGAGAAGGGGCUGGCACAGGAUGCCUUUGUGGUGCUGCGGAGAGGGGAGCUGAGGAGGAGCUCAGCUCUGGGGGAGCCCCACUUGUCCCUGACCCCAGCGGGGCCCCGGCGGCUCUCCCAGGGCAGCCUGGAUGAGCUGCGGCCAGAGCAGAGCCGUGCCGAGGGGGAGCGCAGGAAGGCCAAGGUACCCCCGCCAGUGCCCAAAAAGCCCAGCGUGCUGUACCUGCCACUCAUCCCAGCCCCAGCACAGCUGGGAGCUGGUGUGGGGGACCUGCCACCCACCCCCAGCCCCAUCAUCACCCUGGACACUGACCCCACCUGCUGCGACCCUGACGCUGAGGAUCCGCCAUCCCCCAAGGCUGUGGGCACCAUGGCUGCCAGUGAGCCUGCCUCAGAGCAAGGCAACUCAGCAGAAGCCGGCAUGGAGGAGAAGAGCUUUGCCAGCGACAAGACAGCCGAGUCCAUCGUGGAGGAGGACGAUGAGGUGUUCACAACAUCCCGCACUACAGAGGAUCUCUUCACAGUGAUCCACAGGUCAAAGAGGAAGGUCUUGGGGCGGAAAGAGCCUGGUGACACCUUCAGCAGCCGACCCACCUCCCACUCACCUGUAAAGACUUCAAGCUCCCCAGCUGGUGAGUCUCUGGCAGCAGCAGGCAGCAGUGGGAAGUCUUCCAGCAGGAAUGAGGAUUUUAAAGCCCUGCUUCAGAAGAAGAGCAGCAAAACAAGCCCUGGUACUCGGCCAUCUGCCGCCGAACUGCUCAAGACCACAAACCCGCUGGCCCGGAGGGUCAUCACAGAGUUUGCCCCUGAGCUGGACGGUGCAAACAGCCCCAAAAGCCAGCCCUGACCACACAGGGGCUCCUCCAGCCAAGAGGAGAGAGCGCUGCAGAGAGAGCGCUGCUGCAAAGGGCUGUCCUGGCUGCUGGGGAGCCCCUGUAUCCUGCUGGGGGGUUCUUCUGCUUUUGUUCCUUACCUGGAGAGCUGCUGCAGAGAGGCAGUGGCUGGAGCCCAAGCUCUCAUGACUCUGGGCCCUUCCCAUGGGAGAAGUUGCUGGAACUGGCCCUGGCUGAGCCAGCUCCUGGGAUUGAAGGCACCUGCCCAGGAAGCAGAACAGGAUCGCAGCCCCUGGUGUUGCCUGAUGCCUGCAGCAAAGCAGCUUGAGACUCUUUGGUCCCUUCGGCAUGUGGUACUUUAAACAGAUUUUCUAAUGCACAGUGGUGGUGAUGUUUGAUUCUCUUCCCUUUGACAUUGUACCUUGAGUUUCCCAUGCAGAGAUCCCCUGGUUGAAUUCAGCUGGACACACAGAUGCACUUUGGGAAGACGCCAGGGGUUCAGCUGGAUCUGUGGUUGCUUUUGAAGAGUCACAGGAGGUUCCCUGUCAUUGCCCUGAACAUCCUCCCUGUCACACAGGGAACUGGCACCUGGUGUCCACAGCCAGCGCCACCACCUCAAGCCAAACCCCCACCCCUUGAAAGCCCCCAAAAUGCUGCAUUUUGGAGCUCCUCAGCUCUCCGUCCAAAAACAAACCUUGGGGUCUUCUCCACUACCAGUCCCCCUGGCCUCACUGCACAGGGGGUCUGGCAGCCACCCCACUCCCACGCCAGGGGUCCUGCAUCCAGCUGCCAACUGGGGCAAUGAGGGUGCUGUGCCAUGGGAAGGAAGCUCGUCCCCAGCUCAGCCUCCUGCAUCUCCAUAACAGACCCUGCGACAACUUCUCCUGCUGCCCUGGCCACCAGAGGUCCUGAGAUACUACCAAGAUAGUGGCUGGAAUCCAGAUGGACUUCACCUGAGCCACCUCCCUGGUGACCUCUGGGUCUGGGGUCCCCCAGGAUUGCCCACCACUCACGUGUGCCCACUGGCCACCAGAGAGCUGAGCAAGGCCAAGUGGGACACGUGCCAUCAGGGCAUGUGCAUGGGGCCAUGGAAGAGGGUUUGCACGUGCCCAGGUGGGAUUUGUCCCCCUCACUCCCAGCUGCCUCUUCCUGGCCAGGCUCCAUCAUGGGGGCCCAGCAGCCAGUAACAGAGGCUGUGGUGUGGGCUCAGGGCAGGGCAGGGAGGAAACACGAGCUCUGAGCAGGAGCACAGCCACACGCCCAGAGAAACAGGAAGGGCCAGCCACGGCUGACAAGGAAACAGAGUGUUUAGGGAAAGUUCUGCUUGAUUUCUUGAUGUAUUUCCACACACUCCAGCCUUCCUGUGCUGCAGGAGGAGUGGUGCAGUGGGUCCAGGCAGCAGCAGGGCACCACAGCACCGCUUCAGCUGCCCCUCUGAGGGGCCUGGGCUGCUCUGGGGGGUCUCUGCCCCACCAGGAGCUCUGCAUCCCUGGGGAGCACGGCCCAGGCAAACACUUCCCCAUCCUUGCCACCACCCUGGAUCUGAUCCCACUGAGGCUCCAGUGGGUUCCCCUCCCCUCCCUCCUGGUACUCACCCAUCCCUCUCUUUCCUCUCCCACGGCUGCAGAUUUAAGCCUGUAAUUAAGAGCCAGGCUGAGAAACUCAGGAAAAAAAAAAAAUCACAAAAAAAGCUCUAAUGAAUGUCCACAUUUCACCCCCAUCCCAUGGCCUCAGCUAGUGGCAGGGUGCUGGCGUGGGAUGGGGCCAGGGCACAGCUUGGGAAGCUCUGGGGACAGGUACAUUUUGCACAUGACUGCUCAGGAAACCAGGGACAGAGUCGGUAAAGGGGGCUGGGGGCAUGCACAGGCCAGGGACCCCCCUGCAACACCCCCAGCACCACUGGCGGCUGGAGUGGCCGAUGCUGCUGGGGUGAAAUAUCCAAGUGGACCAGAGGUCAACUGUGGGACAGAGGUUGGCCAUGGGAUGGAGAUCGGCUGUGCGAUGGAGAUUGGCCAUGGGAUGGAGAUCCUAAUUUCCCUGGCCGGAGGAACGUGCUCUUCCUGGGGCUCUUCCUGGCUGAGCGCUCGUCUCUGGCCGCUCUCUCCCUGCUCCUCCUGGCUGCAGCUAGCUAUUCCACUGGGAAGGCAGUGGGUUCCCGGGAAGAGUCCGGCUGGCAGUGGGUCAGCCCUGCCCCGGCGUGGGGCCGCCAAGGUGCCAACUAUGGAAUGUUGUACUUUUUAUCUCGCCAGCUUGGUAAAGUGCUCCCUGCUGCCUG